GCUGCUGCCGGCGCCGCUCCGCUGCUUCCCGAGCCGGAGCCGCGGGAGAGUCCGGAGGCUGCUGCGCCCAGGGACACGGCGGGCCCGAGCCCCCAGGCAGCGCCCCCAGCUCGGAUCGGCCCCCGGGGGCAGCUCGCCCAGGCGGGUGUGGACACGAAGGGCCGGUGGCCGGCUGGCUCCGCGGAAGCCGGGACACAGGGGCUGGGCGUGUGCGCGCUGCGGGGGCGGCUCCGCUCCCCGAGCCGGGGCCAGCAGCACCGAGGUGCCGCGGCUGACGCCCGCCGGGGGAGGCGCGAGGAGCCAGGGCCGGGGGCAGAGCCGGCCCCGCGGGGCAGCCCCGCUUGGAGAGGGGCCCGGCCCGGGGCGCCAUGGCCUGCAGCCUGAAGGACGAGCUGCUCUGCUCCAUCUGCCUGAGCAUCUACCAGGACCCGGUGAGCUUCGGCUGCGAGCACUACUUCUGCCGGAAGUGCAUCACGGAGCACUGGGUCCGGCAGGAGCAGCAGGGCGCCCGCGACUGCCCCGAGUGCCGCCGCACCUUCGCCGAGCCCACGCUGGCGCCGAGCCUCAAGCUCGCCAACAUCGUGGAGCGCUACGCGGCCUUCCCGCUGGACGCCAUCCUGAGCGCGCGGCGCAGCCCCGCGCCCUGCAAGGACCACGAGAAGGUGAAGCUCUUCUGCCUCACGGACCGCGCCGUGGUCUGCUUCUUCUGCGACGAGCCCGCCGUGCACGAGCAGCACCAGGUCACCAACGUGGACGACGCCUUCGAGGAGCUGCAGAGAGAGCUGAAGGAGCAGCUCCAGGCGCUGCAGGACAGCGAGCGCGGCCACGCUGAGGCCCUGCACCUGCUCAGACGCCAGCUAGCCGAGACCAAGUCCUCUGCCAAGAGCCUGCGGGCCACCAUCGGGGAGGCCUUUGAGCGGCUGCACCGGCUCCUGCGCGAGCGCCAGAAGGCCAUGCUGGAGGAGCUGGAGGCUGACACCGCCAGGACUCUGACUGACAUCGAGCAGAAGAUCCAGCGCUACAGCCAGCAGCUGCGCAAAGUGCAGGAGGGCAGCCAGAUCCUGCAGGAGCGGCUGGCUGAGGUGGACAGGCACGCCUUCCUGGCAGGCAUCGCCUCGCUCUCGGAGAGGCUCAAGGGAAAGAUCCAUGAAACGAACCUCACCUAUGAAGACUUUCCUACCUCCAAAUACAUGGGCCCCCUGCAGUACACGAUCUGGAAAUCGCUCUUCCAGGACAUCCAUCCGGUGCCAGCAGCCCUCACGCUGGACCCUGUCACAGCUCACCAGCGCCUCAUCCUCUCGGAUGACUGCACCAUCGUGGCCUACGGCAACUUGCACCCGCAGCCGCUGCAGGAUUCACCCAAGCGCUUUGACGUGGAGGUGUCGGUGCUGGGCUCAGAGGCCUUCGGCAGUGGCGUGCACUACUGGGAGGUCAUCGUCUCGGAGAAGACCCAGUGGAUGAUCGGGCUGGCGCAUGAGGCUGUCACCCGCAAGGGGAGCAUUCAGAUCCAGCCCAGCCGCGGCUUUUACUGCAUCGUCAUGCACGACGGCAACCAGUACAGCGCCUGCACCGAGCCCUGGACCCGGCUCAACGUUAAGAGCAAGCUGGAGAAAGUAGGUGUCUUCUUGGACUAUGACAAAGGGCUCCUGAUCUUCUACAACGCUGAUGACAUGUCGUGGUUGUACACCUUCCGGGAGAAGUUCCCAGGCAAGCUCUGCUCGUACUUUAGUCCUGGCCAGAGCCAUGCCAAUGGCAAGAACGUGCAGCCGCUCCGCAUAAACACCGUCCGGAUCUAGGAGGGAGCAGGGAAGGGAGCCUGGAGCUGUACAGCCUCCUCCUGGCCGGCAGGCUGAGUCGAGAGUCCCUGCUGAGACAGUUCCCACCUACCCCUUCCUGCGGGGCAUGGGGAGAUUGUCAAGCUCCGGGGCUGUGCCGUUCCUAGCUCUGGCCUCCUGGCAGU